AUGGAGGAAAAGAUCAAGAAUCUUGAGGAAAAGCUUUUGGUCCUGGAGCAGCUCCGUAAGAAGGCAGAGAGCUUCAGGCUUAUGAAUGAGAGCAUCAGAAGGUAUAUGAACAGGGUUGAGGCGCUGGACACUCGGAUCCGGGCUAUAGACGCCCAGAUAGUAAACUACGAUCUCGUAGAUCUUCUGAGCGAAGAAACAAUAGACAUCAGCUCAAUGAACCUUGAGACGGUUGUCUCUGUAAUGAAGGACAUACUGUGUGCUAUUUCGCAGUUCAAGGAGGAUGGCUCAGCAGAUUACCUCGAGAGGUGCUCAGACCUUUGGAAGAGAGUAAGGAAGAUUGGAUUUCUACGGCUGAACGAGGCGAUCUACAGGUCGACGGAGUCUCUGAUGAUGGAUCCAAGCUUUGGAGAGUUUGUCAGGUUGCUCGAUAGAAACCUUGUGCACAGGAUACAGGUGAAGGUCCUACAGUCAAGAAAGGCGGAAUGUCUUAGGAAGUCGGCAUACAUAAGAAGCAACAAGGAGUUUUUGUUCAGGUCGAUGGUCCAACAGGAACUGCACAUGUUCCUUCGGCUGUUUCCGUGGGAGUCCAAGGAAAUAUACAAUCGGCUGAUGGACUUUGAGGAAGAAAGGCCUCUUGUGAACUCGGGGCUUUUUGAGUGCUUUUCAUUCUCUGUUCUCAAGGAGUACUUCGAAAGCUGCACCCUGGAGGAGCUUGAGUCUUUGAGGAGCCGCUUGAGCGCAGAUCUCAAGAGGAAAGCCCCGGGCAUCUCUGUGGAGGGGGAAGCGGGCCAGGAUGGGGAAUUCUAUGCAAAUGUCCUGGUGCUUGUGUCUGUAAGGCACUAUCUUUCCUCAAAACAAGCCCACUGUGCACAGGACGAGGUCGUUGAGAUCUAG